AUGUGGAAUCAUGGUACUCUCUCUCAGAAAUCAGCAUGGAAUGCAUGUAGAAAGAAAAGGAAUAGAAUGGAAUGGGUGAAACUGGUAUGGAAGUAUUGCAGGCUAAGGGUUUCAGUGACUAUGGCUCUGGUCUUACAGGAGAGAAAUUUUUCAUAUGCUCAUCUCAAAAGGAGAGGUAUCUCACUAGCUUCAGUUUGUCACAAUUGCUUUGCUGCUGAGGAUGACAAUGAUCACCUUUUUUGUAGUUGUUCAUUUGCAAGAGAUGUGUGGGGAGGUCUGUUUGAUAUGCUGCAGUUAGAGUAUCCAGCUUUUACUGCCCUCUCCCAAUUGCAGCAGUGGUUUCUACAUAAUGCUAGCACCAAUAAUAUGAGGUCCAAGGUACUUAGAUUAGUUUUUUGUACUGCUGUGUGGAAGAUUUGGGGUCAUAGAAAUAAGGCUUUGCACCGUAAUGUUUUCUCACCUUCUGUGACUGAAAUCAUGUGGGAUGUACUCCAUGCAUUAUCCAUUUCUGUGGAAGAGCUUGCAUUGUUGUUUUGA